AUGGAUAGAUGUGAAUCCACUCUGGCUUUAAUAGACUUUGAACAAGUUGAGCAGAAUGACUAUUCAUCUGGUUAUGAAUCCACACCAUCAGACUCGGAGUCAUCUACACCAACCCAGAAAUCGCAAUAUGACACAUUUUUACCAACCAGCUACAACAGGGACCCAGUCAAAAUCAAAGAAAAGAUGAGUUACAGAAAUACACAAGCUCUGACAGAACAACUGAAGGUCAUCUCGUCCAUACCAGAACUUUGUGAUGUCACAUUUGAAGUUGGACCAGAAAAUGUCAAAGUUCAUGGUGUCAAGGCCAUCUUGGGAACAAGAAAAUCUCAUUUUAAAGAAACAAAAGGAAGCUGA